GGCAGAACACUGCCUUCUCCAUCUUCAUCUCCACCAUUAGGGGUUGUGUAUCAGACCCCCAGAAUCCAGGGUUGGAGCCUCAGCUUGUCCUUCUGUGAAACAGAUCCAGCGCCCCAUGGUCUUGGAGAGAUAUGAACAAAGCCUCUGGAGCUCAAUCCCAAACCUUGUCCCCCAGGGCCUUACCUUUCAGGAGCCAGGUUUAGAGACUUGGGAUUGGGGCAUUUUCAGGUGCCUUCAGAGACGCACAGAACAUGCUAGCUCAGUGACAGUCACACCAUGCUGACCGGGGUGACCGAUGGGAUCUUCUGCUGUCUCCUGGGUGCACCACCUAAUGCAGUGGGGCCACUGGAGAGUGUUGAGUCCAGCGAUGGCUACACCUUCGUGGAGGUCAAGCCUGGCCGCGUGCUGCGGGUGAAGCACGCUGGACCUGCUCCAGCUCCAAGCCCACCUCCACCACCACCCGAUACAGCGCAGGGGGACCGGUCUGGCCUGGUGCGGUGCCAGCGCCGAAUCACUGUGUACCGGAACGGGAGGUUACUGGUGGAGAACCUGGGCCGGGCACCGAGAGCUGACCUCCUGCUUGGGCAGAAUGGCUCCGGGGAGCCUCCGGCCUCUCUAGAGGUGGAGCUGGCAGACCCGUCAGGCAGCGAUGGCCGCUCGGGCCCAGUCAGUGCUGGGAGUGGCAGUGGCGGGCGACGGCGGCGAGCCCGGCGCCCCAAGAGGACCAUCCACAUUGACUGUGAGAAGCGUAUCACCAGCUGCAAGGGCACACAGGCCGACGUGGUGCUCUUUUUCAUCCAUGGUGUUGGCGGCUCCCUGGCCAUCUGGAAGGAGCAGCUGGACUUCUUCGUGCGCCUGGGCUAUGAGGUGGUGGCUCCGGACCUGGCCGGUCAUGGGGCCAGCUCGGCGCCCCAGGUGGCUGCAGCCUAUACCUUCUAUGCGCUGGCAGAGGACAUGCGCGCCAUCUUCAAGCGCUAUGCCAAGAAGCGAAAUGUGCUCAUUGGGCAUUCCUACGGUGUCUCUUUCUGUACGUUCCUGGCGCACGAGUACCCAGACCUGGUGCAUAAGGUCAUCAUGAUCAACGGCGGGGGCCCCACGGCACUGGAGCCCAGCUUCUGCUCCAUCUUCAACAUGCCCACGUGUGUCCUGCACUGCCUGUCACCCUGCCUGGCGUGGAGCUUCCUCAAGGCUGGCUUUGCCCGCCAAGGGGCCAAAGAGAAGCAGCUACUGAAGGAGGGCAACGCAUUCAAUGUGUCGUCCUUCGUGCUGCGAGCCAUGAUGAGCGGCCAGUACUGGCCCGAGGGCGACGAGGUCUAUCAUGCUGAGCUUACUGUGCCUGUCCUGCUCGUCCAUGGCAUGCAUGACAAGUUUGUUCCGGUGGAAGAAGACCAGCGCAUGGCUGAGAUCCUGCUUCUGGCCUUCCUGAAGCUCAUCGAUGAAGGCAGCCACAUGGUGAUGCUGGAGUGUCCAGAGACGGUCAACACGUUGCUCCAUGAAUUUCUGCUCUGGGAGCCCGAGCCCCCGCCUACUGUCCUGACUGCGCCUCCUGAGAAGAAGUAGCUGCGGGGCCAGCAGGGCUUUGAGGAAGAGCAGGAGCCUGCGCUGCUGGGUCUGCAGCCAGGAGAUCUGGGCAGGCCCUUAACUCUGGUGGGCGGGGUCAGCCUGGGGAGACGCCCCUAGGCUGGCUGGGCUGGGCGUGGCAUUCCAGGGAGCCAGGUGGACACACACACGCUCCUCCGCUUGCAUCCUGUGGGGCCCAACCAAUAUGGGGCCCAUCCUGCCGGUAGCAGGGACUCUCGUAGAGGAUGACCUUGUACAGAAGCCCCCUGCCCAACAAGGCCAAGGCCAUGGUCAUGGUUGAGGCGACACCCACCCCAUUGUCUUACAUGUUAGCCAUGCUUAAUCCAGAGACCCUGGGAGGAGGGGGCGCCCCAUUACCCAAGACCCCUCCACUCCCAUUCCCUGGCGUUGGUAGCUUUUGUUGUCUAAGGGGGCAGAAUGGGGGCACUGGCGCCACAGAACCUGCACAUCUCAACCUGUAACUCAAUAAAAAGAAGUGACAAUCCAA